AUGGAGCUCAAAGCCAAAGUAGCUAAAUUGGAAUGUGAUAUAGAAGAAAUAAAAAAGCGAUCCCAAUCCAUUACUAAUACACAGGACAACCAUAGUUGUCAAAUACUCGAUUCAUCCUUAGAAUAUUCAGAAUCACAAGUAACUUCUUUAUAUAUUGGAGGCCACACUGAUAAAGAGACUUUGACUCACUGCGAAACAAAUGACUCUGUAACAACUAACAUUACAUCUGGCAUAGAUGGUUCUGCAAAAUGUAUUGUUAAUUCAUUCAACAUUAAGGAGGUAUCGCAACAUUUAGCUCAGUUAUGCGAUAAAACAAUGGGCGCAGAAGAUCAAGCUUCGAAGGCUAAUUACGAAGAAAUCAUAUGCUGGUCUCUUUAUGGUGGGGAUUUUGAAUUUCAACUUAUGACAAAAGCCAAGGUAAGUAUACAUCCCGUCUCUGUCAGUUCGAAAACCGAGGUGAGUAAAGAGGCCAAGAAAACUUUACUAGAAACUGAGGUAAGUAAAUCUGUUACGACACCUAUCCCUUCGUCUAUAUCCCCCCAAGUUUUAGAUUCUUCAGAUGACUCGCUCGAAACUGAGGUAAGUAACACAUCCACUCUAUCUAUCUCAGAAACGAUUCUAGAGGAAUCAACUGAGAUACAAACAAGUGUAUUCAAUGAUUCUUUAGAUUCUAACUCGGAAUCUUCUGAUGACAUUGAGGAGGAUGUGGACGAUGCUGAUAAAGAAAGUUAA